GCCACAAGGAAGCGAGGGCUUAAAAACCCGAACAGCUAACCGCAGCAGACAGGAGAAACGAGAGAGAAGGAGGGCAAAGAAACUGUUUUCAUGAGAUUUUCAUGAGAAAGAAGAGUUUUUAUUCUUGUCGCGCAAUAUCUCGGACACACACACAAAAUAACAAUGACAAUGGCCUCCGAGGUUUUUUCAUAUGAGAGCUUGGUUCAUGCUGUAUCAGGAGCAGUGGGAAGUGUGACUGCAAUGACAGUAUUCUUCCCUCUUGAUACUGCCAGACUAAGACUUCAAGUGGAUGAAAACAGGAAGGCCAAAUCAACUCCAGCCAUCCUGGCAGAAAUUAUCAAAGAGGAAGGACUACUUGCUCCCUACAGAGGAUGGUUCCCGGUCAUCUGCAGCCUCUGCUGCUCCAACUUUAUCUACUUCUACUGCUUCCACUGCCUAAAGGCCAGCUGGCAGAAGGGAAACCAGUCAACACCCAGAACUGACUUAAUCACAGGCAUCGCUGCAGGUAUUGUGAAUGUAUUAGUGACCACCCCUCUGUGGGUGGUCAAUACCAGACUGAAGCUUCAGGGCUCCAACUUUCGCAAUGCAGACAUCCGGCCCACCAACUACUCUGGCAUUCUUGAUGCAUUUGUGCAGAUCAUCCGUGAUGAGGGUGUGGGAGCGCUGUGGAAUGGGACCUUCCCAUCCCUGCUGCUGGUGCUGAAUCCUGCCAUCCAGUUCAUGAUUUACGAAGGCCUGAAGAGACAGCUAAGAAAAGGAGUUCCCAGAGAGCUGUCAUCUCUGGAGGUCUUCUUGAUCGGUGCUGUUGCCAAAGCUGUUGCCACCUCUGUUACGUACCCACUGCAGACGAUACAGUCAGUUCUCAGGUUUGGUCAGUACAACAUGUCAACAGAGAAGUCAAAGCUACUGUCCGGUCUCAGGGCUGUCAAAUGUCUGCUGCUCAAUAGGGCGAGGAGGUACGGCAUGUUGGGUCUGUUUAAAGGCCUGGAGGCCAAGCUGCUGCAGACAGUGCUGACUGCUGCCCUCAUGUUUCUUCUCUAUGAGAAGAUUGCCAGCUGUACCUUCAGAGCCAUGGGACUGAGCAGCAACCACUACAAGAAACGUUAGCUGGCAAAACAUUUUACAACCCAAGACACUUGAGAGCAUUAAAGCACUGAUGAUCUAUAAAAAUCACUGCUGACCCCCAUGAUACAGGCUUCAAUUCUGUGCAAACCUCUCACUUUCUUCCAAACAGUGAAUCUUUAAUGGUGACCUCAUAUUGUAAAUACUCCGUCCAAUAAAGCGUUCCAUUCAUAAAGCGUCCAACAUAAACCUUUGUGUGUAAUUACACCGAUUCCAGUUCUUUGGGAAGUUUUUUCUGUAAAAAUGUGUCUGGUUGUGUGGCAGCUGACAUCUGAAUCUCAAAUUAGAUUCCUGGAUUGUUUCCACCACAGUUGGCUUUUCCUCUGCACUCAUAUAAAAGUCCAGCUCAAUGUUGA